ACUAGUCAUCUUCCUGCUCGCCAAAGCAACGAACGGCUUUGAUAUAUUUGUUGGCUUUCACUACAAUCCAAGGCCACACUCUAGAGGCACGCUCUCUCUUUCCUCCGUUUGCCUCUGCAACUGUGUGCGAGCUAUUCAAAAUCAAAAAUGGUCUCCAAGAACCAGAACCGCCCUCCAUUACCUCUCUCUUCCUCACCUUCAACCCCUUCUUCCCAGAAGAUAAUGGGCGAUGAGGUCCUCGUAGAUAGAGACCUACAACAAGCUGCAGGUGAAAAAAUGGUGGGAACUCCGAUUAAUGGAAGAACUAGGCAAGCUUUCACAGUUGUUAAUGGUGGGCACGAUCUUAGCCCGAAUAGUGCCCCGCCAAGCAAUGCCGGGUCAGACUGUGGUAUUAUAGAGUUCACAAGGGAGGAUGUGGAAGCAUUGCUGAAUGAAAAAGCCAAAAGGAAGGACAGAUUUAACUAUAAGGAAAGAUGUGAAAAUAUGGUGGAAUAUAUAAAGAGGCUUAAAGUUUGCAUCAGAUGGUUCCAAGAGCUUGAGUUGAACUACUCGCUAGAGCAAGAGAGGUUGAAAAAUUCCUUGGAAUUAACCCAGCAAAAGUGCAUGGAAAUUGAGCUACUGCUUAAAAUCAAGGAAGAAGAACUGAAUUCAAUUAUCAUAGAAAUGAGACGGAAUUGCACUUCUUUGCAAGAAAAAUUAAUCAAGGAAGAAACAGAAAAGUCGGUAGCAGUGGAAUCUCUUGCGAAAGAGAGAGAGGCGAGGCUUGACAUUGAGAGGUCACAGACUACUCUGUCAGAUGACCUUGGAAGAGCUCAAAGAGAGCUUCAAAGCGCAAAUCAGAAGAUAUCAUCACUCAAUGAUAUGUAUAAGCGGUUACAGGAUUACAUAACAAGCUUGCAACAGUACAAUGGAAAGCUUCAUACAGAGCUUUCUUCAGCAGAAGAUGAACUUAAGCGUGUAGAGAGAGAGAGGGCCACUGCUGUGGAGAACCUCACCAUGUUAAGGGCUCAACUUACUUUGUCCAUUUCCUCUCAAGAAGAGGCCGUGAAACAGAAGGAAGCUUUGACUAGUGAGGUUUCAUCUCUCAGAGCAGAGUUGCAACAAGUGAGAGAUGAUCGCGACCUCAGUUCAUCUCAAGUUCAAACCUUAAUUGAAUUAGCAAAAUUUAAAGAAUCUACAGAGAAGUCUUCCAUUGAACUGAACAACUUGACUAUAAAAACAAAUGAACUGGAGGCAAAAUGUUCUUCGCAAGAUAACCAGAUAAAAGAAUUGCAAGAGAAACUAACAACAGCAGAAAGUAAAGUACAGGUAUCUGAUGUAUCUGUACUUGAGACAAGAACAGAAUUUGAAGGUCGACAAAAUCUUAUAGAAGAGUUACAAAGACGUUUGGCAGAUGCAGAAUAUAAACUCAUAGAAGGAGAGGAGCUGAGGAAAAAGUUACAUAAUACAAUUUUGGAGUUAAAAGGGAACAUCCGUGUAUUCUGUAGAGUUCGACCUUUGUUGCCUGAUGAGAGUUGUAAUGGAGAGUGCAAGAUUAUAUCUUUCCCCACAUCAAUGGAGGCUGCAGGACGCAUUGAAUUGACCCCAACUGGUCAGAGAUAUUCUUUCACAUUUGAUAAAGUUUUUGCACCAGACACAUCACAAAAAGAAGUUUUUGUGGAAAUUUCACAACUUGUACAAAGUGCUCUUGAUGGUUACAAGGUUUGUAUAUUUGCCUAUGGUCAGACAGGAUCAGGGAAAACCUACACAAUGAUGGGGAGGCCAGGAAAUACAGGGGAAAAGGGCUUGAUACCUCGUUCACUGGAACAGAUAUUUCAAACAAGGCAGUCUCUGCAAUCCCAAGGCUGGAAAUAUGAAUUGCAGGUGUCAAUGUUGGAAAUAUAUAAUGAAACCAUUCGGGAUCUUUUAUCUACUAAUAGAUCAUCCUUGGAUGUAACACGUGUCGAAAAUGGUACUCCUGGAAAGCAAUACACAAUAAAACACGAUGCCAAUGGAAAUACAUACGUUUCUGAUCUUACAGUAGUGGAUGUUCACAGUGCUAAAGAGGUCGCGUUUCUCCUACAUCAAGCAGCCAAUAGCAGGUCCGUGGGAAAAACCCAAAUGAAUGAACGGUCAUCAAGAAGUCAUUUUGUGUUCACUCUUAGAAUCUAUGGUGUUAAUGAGAGCACUGACCAACAAGUACAAGGUGUUCUGAAUCUGAUUGAUCUGGCUGGGAGUGAGCGUCUCUCAAAGAGUGGAUCAAUCGGGGACCGACUGAAAGAGACUCAAGCAAUCAAUAAAAGUUUGUCAUCAUUAAGUGAUGUUAUAUUUGCCUUGGGAAAGAAGGAAGAUCAUGUACCAUUCAGGAACUCAAAGCUUACAUAUCUACUCCAGCCUUGUCUGGGAGGAGACUCAAAGACAUUGAUGUUUGUGAACAUAUCUCCUGAACCUUCUUCAGUUGGAGAGUCAUUGUGCUCUCUGCGAUUUGCAUCCAGAGUAAAUGCUUGCGAGAUUGGGACACCUCGGCGACAAACCAAUGGACGCCCUGUGGACUCACGCUCGAGCUAUUUCUAAUCUUAAGAUAGAUGGAGAUAUUCUUUGACUAUAUAUGGGACAAAAAAGCGCCAUGCAAUUGUGGUGAUGGUGACUUGAAUAAAAUGAAUACGAGUUUGAUUCUAACACUAGCAUAUAAGAUUGUAUAGUCGAGAACUUACUGAUGUGCUUCUUGUUUAUCAAGCAUGAUCUAUUGUUGAAUCCAUGAACCGAGAGUGAAUGUGCAAGACUUAUUUAGAUGGAAAUUUGACUAUAUGUAUUUUUUAAUUUGCAAAAAUUUUUUAAAAUACUAAUAAUAGAUUCGAGAAUGUCCAAGCUUAAAAUAUAUGCAUAGAUAGUGAUCUGAGGAAGGCCAACGACAAACGAUUGGGAGUUGGGAUGGAGUCAUAUGAUGCAGAAGUCUUUCGUAGGGUUCUUGAGAACGUCACGUGCGAUGGAAUGCUGUGCAGAAGAGCAGGCGUCCAAGAAAGAAUUAGGACAAAGUUGAUGCGAUGGAACAAGGGAUUGCUUUCGUCUCUUUCCUUCUGGGCCGGGAAUGGAAAUGUCGUUAAGCUUCUUUGGAUCAAUCGAUAGUGUGCUUAUCAGUCUACUUUUGCUUGAUUCUCAUGCCAGUGGACUCGUCGAUCAGCUUUAGGCUCAUUAACUUCAUUUCUGAAGUGAGCAUGAAGUCCGAAUUUUUUAGAUACUGAGAAAGCGUCUUUCGUGAUGAAAGUUGCAAGUUCGGAUUCAGGAUUGACAAAGAAAUCAGCAAAGCGCAGCUGGAGCUGAAUCUAUUUUAGCACACUCUUUAAGAGUUUUGGAGUUCCAACAGAUUCUGAUUUGGAGGAGGGUGGGGAGUCAACUGUUCACGUCCGCCACCACCAUGCACACAAUCUGACAGUACGGAGAGUGUGCACGCAAAGGAAAAAACAAAAAGGUUCAAAAGAUCCUAAAAGGAUGAAUUCGAGUAAGGCUAGCUCGGACCAAGGCUGACUGUUAUCAUAGGCAAUGAUGAGCAGAAUCAUGAUGGCCAUGCUGUCAAUAAUGGAAAAAACGUGCAACAGUACAUUCAUGCUUGUCUAUCGGUCAUGAGUGAUAGCGUUAUUAAGUAGUUGGUCAUAGUAACUAAUCAUGGUUAAAUUAUGUAACUGACUUUGUUAUUAUUAUCUGCACGCGCGUGAUUCCCUUUAUAUAUUAUACUAAUCACUAUUAAUGAA